UUGAGGACAGGCUUUGAAGUUGGUUGGUGUCAGACCCGAGUCUGUUGCUGUGACUCCGUCAGGUGGUGGAGUACACCUCUGCAAGCUAGACUAACACGAGACACUUUAAAAACAUUGUAAUAAUGGCGGUUUAACUGCUUUUUUGUUUGUUUUUAAUGUGAGUUUUUGUGUUGUAUCUAUUGAAUGACGGACAGGUACGGCUGUUGUGUACGUGACGGUGAGAAGUUAUCAUAGAAGUUGCUAGUAAAGCUUCCGAGGCGCACGUGGGGCUGAUGCUGCCCGUCACCGACACGGUUUGAAGCGGACGCGGAGUCUCAGAAACACAGGAACACAGGAAGGAGAGGAACAGACGGAUGUGUGACAAUGACCCGCGCUGUGAGCGCGACCAGCCACGCUUUGUUUCAUCUCCCCGCCUUUCAUUUAAUAUUUUAGCGACACGCGAGACCCACUAUCUAAGUACUGUUGGGAUUAUUCGGUGCGCCUUUGGACCACGAGCGGGACUGGGUGCGCGGUGAGUGGAUAAGGAGCCAGUCUGAGACAACAUGGGGACCCAGGGCACGGGACGGAAGAGGUCCACCAAGAAGGAGAGGUCGACGGCAGAGGACGAUGCCCUCAAUCUCAUCGCGAGAGAGGCCGAGGCCAGGCUGGCGGCGAAGAGGGCCGCCAGGGCCGAGGCCAGAGAGAUCCGCAUGAAGGAACUUGAGAGACAGCAGAAAGAGAUCUUUCAGGUGCAGAAGAAAUACUAUGGCUUGAACACCAAAAUAGAUGACCGAGCGGACAGCAAAUGGGGAGAUAUUGAACAAUGGAUGGAGGACAGUGAGAGAUACUCACGCUCUUCACAGAUCCAAACGCUCUCAGACGACGAUGAGCGGAUGUCGGUGGGAAGCCGGGGCAGUGCCAGGUCGGAUCUUGAUGCAGUUGGAGCGUAUGGUGGAGGGGACUCGUCGUCACAUAAGAAGUCAAAGAAAAAGAAGAAACAUAAGCACAAAGACAGGAACAGCUGUGAUGAUGAUUACAGUGUAAUAUCCAGCAGGAGCUCCAGACUCAGUGAUGAAAGCAGAGUGUCUCGCUCCUCCAGGCUAGACCUCACGAGCUCCAGACUAAGUGAUGACACCCGGGUGUCUCGGGCCUCCAGAUUAGAGCUGCAGCCGGCGUCUUAUGCUUCCUCUGACUUGUACGGCUUCAACGGUCUGUCCUCCUCCAGAAAACCAGGUUCAGCUUUCAAUGGUUACCAGAGCGCUCUAUAUGAAGACUGCAGCGGGUCACAGCGAGGCUCCAGCUCUCAUCCGUUAGAGUACGGUAGUUAUCGCAGCUCCGGCUCCAGAGUCUCCUCCAGGGCCGGUUCGGCCCGCGCCAGCCCAGUGGACAACUCCAGCUCUGUGGCCAGUUUUUUGAGGAGUGCGGCCAGUAGCAGCGGCCUCCCCCGGGACCUGGACGAUGUUACUAUUCCGGACUUUUCUGAUGUGGAGGACAGAGAUUAUCUGGAGAAGGGAUCUCGAGCAGCUUCUGCUUUAACAGCAGCGACCCUCACCUCCGUAGGGACGUCCUCGCGGAGAGGAAGUGGCGAGACGGCUGUAACUCUAGACGCAGAGUCCUCUAUACGAGAAAUCAAGGAGAUUCAUGAACUCAAGGAUCAGAUUCAAGAUGUGGAAACCAAGUACACGCAGAACCUUAAAGAAGUCAAGGAUGUGUUAGUAGAAGUGGAGGAGAAGUACCGUAAGGCCAUGGUGUCCAACGCCCAGCUGGACAACGAGAAGAACAACCUGAUGUACCAGGUGGACACGCUCAAAGACUCGCUCAUGGAGCUGGAGGAGCUGCUGUCGGAGUCGCGCCGCGGAUAUGAGGAGAAAGUCAAGGAGUAUGAGCGAGAGAAACACGCCCACUCCGUGCUCCAGUUCCAGUUCAAUGAAAUGAAAGAGACGCUAAAACAAAGUGAAGAGCUGCUCAACGACAUCCGUCAGCUGCGUAUCAAGCAGGAAGGUUUGGUUAGAGAAAUCUCCGACCUGCAGGAGACGGUGGAGUGGAAGGAUAAAAAGAUUGGGGCCUUAGAGCGACAGAAGGAAUACACAGACGCGAUCCGAAUCGAGCGAGAUGAGCUCAGAGAAGAGGUGGUGCAGCUCAGAGACAUUUUGAAGAAACAUGGAAUAGUAUUGGGUCCUGAUCUGAACGUCAACGGAGAGGUUGGUGAGGUGGACGUGGACGGGUCCCCUGGUGCAGACACUGCUUCCCCCCCGGCCCAGGACUCAAACACUCCCCCUGUGGAGGGGAACAGCAUGCUGGGCAACACAGAGGAGACUCAGUUGAGAAGUAGCAGAGAGGAAGAGGUGGAUCCAGAGCAGCAUCAAGAAGUGUUUGAGGAAGCCAAAGAGAAGUGCUCGAGCUCUGAUACUCCCUGUAAUGUAUCUGGUGUUUCCACCCUGGAAACAUCCAGCGAAGAACAGCCAACGCAAGAACAACACACAUGCUUAGAAGAAGACAAGAAGACUGCCACAGAAGAAGACAAUGUUGUAGAACGUUGCCUUAGCAAGAACUCAAAUGUUGACAUUAAUGACCAAUCAAUCACAGAGGCCAAAGAUAUAAUCAUUUGCAGCCCUGGGCUUCAAGGGAUUGUAACAAGUUCUGAGAAAAAUAUUCCACAGAAAGAAAGGCCUGCAGGGGGAGAUGUAGGGGAGACAGAAACCAAAAGCUGUAGUGUUGACACCAAGAGUGAUGACAUUAGAGAGUCAUCUAACAACCUUUUUGAAGAGCGAGAAAACAAACAGGAAGUUGUUGAGGAAAGUCACUUGAGAAAUACAGAACCAUGUCAUCAGCAAAGAAUUGUUAUGACGGAAAGUUUACCGGACGAGUCCAUCCAAGCUGUAGAGAACACCGAACCUCAACCAAAGCCUGAUAAUGCAGAAGAAGCAGAAAACGACGAGGCAGAGGAAGUAUCAGGUAAAACUCAGCCUCAGUGUACUGCUGCUUCAGGGAAAAAGAAGAAAAGGAAGAGGAAAUCCAAAAAGAAAGGAGGAACUCACGAGGAUAAGAACCAACAAAAAGAUGUAACCGAUAAAGAAAAGGACAAAACUGAAGUAGACGUUGAAUCAGCUGCAAGAGAGAAAGGGCCAACGACAGAACCGGAAGUUGAUGGUUCUGUUACUGAAACCCAUAAGGAAUCAAGGGUGGAUCAAGUUGAGAAUGAGCAGCACCUGCAAGAAACUGAGGAGGUAGAUGGAGUAAAAGACGUGAAACUCUCUGAAACGUUUUCUCCCAAUGAAACUGUCAAAGAAGCAAGGAUAGAUCAUGCUGCAGAUGAGCAUGACAAGGAACAAGGUCUGGAAGUUGAAACAGCAGAGGCAGUGGCAGCCAUUGAAACCUUUUCUCAAGUUAAAACUCUCAAGGAAACCAGAGCAGAUCUUAGACAGGAUAAGCAAGACGAGAAGCAGACUUUUGAAUUGGAGAAAGUAGAAGUGGGGUCUAUAACAAGUCCUGUUCCAGAGAUCGACCUCAGUACUUACGAUCUUAUUGACAACGCCAAAGGUGCAGACAGUUCCAAUGAUCUUGAGAAAGAGUGCACUUUCUGUAUAGAUGAUUCUAAAAGUGAAACGAACAUCUCAUCUAAUGACGAUGCCAUCCAUACUGAGUUAGAAAAUAUUAAUAGUGCAGAGGAUGAAGUUGGACCUAUUGAUGAGAUGAAAUCUAAAUGCUCAACCAACAACCCAGAAAACACCUUUGAAACAAGUGGUAAGAAAAACACUAAAGCUGAAUUGCCUGCUUUAAGCAGUGGUGAUACUGCUGCUGUUGAAUCUGAAUCCACCAACCUAGCUGAGAGUAAGGAGAACAUGGAUGUGUCCCUGUCUUCUACCGAUGGCUUCACCGACACUCUCAUUAGCUUGUCUGGCUCAGACCUGUCGGCAGCUGUGCCCUCAGGCAGCGAUGGCGCUCCCAUCAAGGUUUCUGAGGGGGGUCCCAAGGAGACCACUGAGACAGCCAAAGACCAUGAUGAGUCAGGAACAGAGAAUGAACGAGAAUCCUUUUCUCCCAGUGUGGUUCCCAUUGUCAUUUCUUCAGCCAGAGCCGAAAAGGAGGAGCUAAAUGAAAGUUUGAGGGAAGCUGAAGGUUUAAUCGAGCCAGAUGUAAAACGUGACAGUUGUGACAGUGCAUCCCUAACAGAAAACACUGAGUCACAUGACCCUGUAAAGAGUCCUUUGCAGACUGUAGCGCAGGCUGACCUAUUAGAUGAUGUAGAAAGCCAGACGUUACAGUGUGAGUGUCAGUUUGUGGCCACUAAAUCAGAAGAGAUCAAUACCAUUGACAUGUUAAAUACACCAGCCUUUCCAACAGAAGCUUCUGAAAUUGGGUCCACACUCGAGCAGAACCACAGUACUGAAGAAUCAGCUGUUGCAGAAGAUCCUGAAACGCAUGAAAACAGUCAAAAUGAUCAACAGAGUGAGACACCGCGCCUGCCUGGACCCAGCAAAGACCAGUCUGAGGAUAAUGAUUCAUCUCAACCUGCCCUGCAGGGGAGGGAUGAAGACACCUUUGAAGAUGACGAAGGCCUGUCUUUUGAUUUUGAUGACAUGGAUGUCGAGGUGGCUAUAGCGACAAGUGUCCCCAAAACUCUGGAACAGGAAGAAGUGGAGGAGGGAGUGGACGUCACGUCGGAUGAAAGCAGCAAUGGAGUUUCAGUCCAAAGUCAAACGGAGUCAAAUGAAAAAUCAAAAGAAAGAAAUGAUGAGACGUGUACGGUGGAUGGCGGUAACGAGGUAGAUAAACUAGAAACUAGGUCUCAAGAACACCAAAAGUCUUUGGCUCAUGAGGACAACACCUCUGAAAAGGGGGAACAUGUGGAAGAUGUGUGUGAAACGCCUAAACCUAUGUCUGGGGAAGAAGCAGGUGUAAAAGAUGAGCCCAGGCACAUUAUAGAGGAAGGAAAGGGUUUGAAUGUUGGAGAGGACAUUAACCAGGCGAUGUCUCUGUCCAUAGAGGAAGGGUUAGAUGCCGUUAAGCAUGAGUUGGAAGUACCAAAGCAUGUAGAGCAAGUGGCCAGCAACAAAGAGCCACACCACACAGGGAAAGAUGGGAAGAAAAACAGCAAGAAAGGUAAAGGCAAGGGCAAGGAGGAGUGCAAGAUGUCUUAGCUUAUAGAUGGUGUAUAGUAUAGAUAUAGAUUAUUAGAUCUGCUCUCUGCUAGUCUUCGCUUAGCUAAGGGGUCAAAUAAAUGUGCAGAACCACUUUGAUUCUGUCCCAAAUGGAUAUUGGUGUAACUUUGUAUAUUAUUUGAAUUAAAUCCAGCCAACAGUCUAAGGUCCAAACAUAAAGUUUCAGGAUAAGGAUGUUAACUGCUUGGUAGAUUUUUUUUCUAUUGGCCAAUAAUGCACUUGCUAUAUCAGGUAAUAUUAUUUUGUUGUUGAUGCACAUUGAUCAUGCUGCUUGUUAUGUGUCAUGGGUAAUAUUGCUCUGCACCUGUAUCACGCAUUUUUCUCAUGCUACAAUUCCAGGAUGUCAUUGAUUCAUUAAUUUCAUAGGUUCAAAAUAAUAAACCGGUAUUAAUUGGUAAUUCUCUUUAAGACCCAGUCCACAGAAAAACAGGGAUUUUCUGUAUCCCGUCCACACAAGCACUUAAAAA